CUCACGCGCAAGGGCUGCUGGGACGGGAUGCUGGCUGUGUGCUGAGCGGGAGACGGCGGAUGUGGCUGGUGCUGGGGCUGAAUGCCGGGCCGGUAGAGACGAGGUGAUCGCCGGGGUGGAAUGACUCAACUGUACUGCUGAAAAGAACAAGAAGAAGAUAAAGAAGAAAAAUGGCGUUCGUACCUCCGACGGUGCCCACCGUGGUGGACCAGACCACCUUAAUGAAGAAAUACCUCCAGUUUGUGGCUGCACUUACAGAUGUCAACACACCCGAUGAAACCAAAUUGAAAAUGAUGCAGGAAGUCAGCGAGAACUUUGAGAAUGUCACCACCUCCGCCCAAUAUUCCACAUUCCUGGAGCACAUCAUCCCACGAUUCCUUGCUUUCCUGCAAGAUGGGGAAGUUCAGUUCCUUCAAGAGAAGCCAGCCCAGCAACUGCGGAAACUUGUCCUAGAAAUCAUCCACCGGAUCCCUACCAAUGAGCACCUGCGACCCCACACCAAAAAUAUCCUGUCUGUCAUGUUCCGCUUCCUGGAGACCGAGAACGAGGAGAAUGUCCUCAUCUGUUUGAGAAUCAUCAUUGAGCUGCACAAGCAAUUCCGACCGCCAAUCACUCAAGAGAUUCAUCAUUUCCUUGACUUCGUAAGACAGAUUUAUAAAGAUCUUUCUAAAGUUGUGAAUCGCUACUUUGAGAAUCCUCCUGUGAUCCCAGAAAACUCUGUUCCUUCUCCGGAAAUGGUUGGCAUGAUUUCCACCAUCGUGGUCAAAGUAAAUCCGGAGCGAGAAGACAGUGAGACUCGGACGCAUACCAUCAUCCCGAAGGGUUCCCUCUCCCUUAAGGUGCUGGCGGAGCUCCCAAUAAUAGUUGUUCUAAUGUACCAGCUCUACAAAUUGAACAUUCACAACAUGGUGUCGGAAUUUGUACCACUGAUCAUGAGUACAAUCGUCACACAGGUUUCUGCCAAUGCCAGGCAGCACAAGUUAUACAAUAAAGAGCUUUAUGCCGACUUCAUCGCCGCUCAGAUCAAGACGUUGUCCUUUCUGGCUUAUAUCAUCCGAAUCUAUCAGGAUACCGUAGCAAAGCACUCCCAGCAAAUGGUGAAGGGCAUGCUACAGCUCUUGACCAACUGCCCGCCUGAAACCGCCCAUCUUCGGAAGGAACUGCUGAUAGCUGCCAAGCACAUCCUCAGCACGGACUUGAGAAGCCAGUUCAUCCCCUGCAUGGAUAAGUUGUUUGACGAGUCUGUCCUCAUCGGCUCUGGGUACACAGCCCGGGAGACACUCCGGCCUCUGGCGUACAGCACAUUGGCAGAUCUCGUGCACCACGUCCGGCAGCAUCUUCCACUCAAUGACCUAUCCCUCGCCGUGCAGCUCUUCGCCAAAAACAUUGACGACGAGUCAAUACCCAGCAGCAUCCAGACCAUGUCCUGCAAGCUGCUGCUCAACCUGGUGGAUUGCAUCCGCUCCAAAAGCGAACAGGAAAACGGCAAUGGGCGAGAUAUUCUGAUGCGAAUGCUGGAGGUAUUCGUUCUGAAGUUCCACACUAUUGCCCGCUACCAGCUAUCUGCCAUUUUCAAGAAGUGCAAGCCCCAGUCUGAGCUGUGCGCUGCCGAUACCAUCCUUGCCAGCGUUCCAGUGGCCACUCCUGCCAAUGCCUUACCCGCCGCUCCUUCUACUCCCCUGACCCAGGUCCCUCUUCUAGUGUUUGAUAAGCAAGGUGAGAAAGACAAAGAAGACAAGCAGACCUUCCAAGUGACGGACUGCCGGAGCCUGGUGAAGACCUUGGUGUGCGGGGUGAAGACCAUUACCUGGGGAAUCACUUCAUGCAAAGCACCAGGAGAAGCGCAGUUUGUCCCUAAUAAGCAGCUCCAACCUAAAGAGACACAGAUUUAUAUCAAGCUUGUGAAGUAUGCGAUGCAAGCGCUGGACAUUUACCAGGUCCAGAUAGCGGGGAACGGGCAGACUUACAUACGCGUCGCCAACUGUCAGACGGUGCGGAUGAAAGAGGAGAAGGAGGUUUUGGAGCAUUUUGCUGGCGUUUUCACCAUGAUGAAUCCUCUGACAUUUAAGGAGAUUUUUCAGACUACUGUCCCUUAUAUGGUGGAACGGAUCUCCAAAAACUAUGCCCUGCAGAUUGUUGCCAAUUCCUUCUUGGCGAACCCCACCACGUCGGCUCUCUUCGCGACCAUCCUGGUGGAGUAUUUACUGGAAAGGCUUCCGGAGAUGGGAUCCAACGUGGAGCUGUCUAACUUGUACCUCAAGCUGUUCAAGCUGGUGUUUGGCUCGGUUUCCCUGUUUGCUGCGGAUAACGAGCAAAUGCUUAAGCCCCAUUUGCACAAAAUUGUGAAUAGCUCAAUGGAGCUCGCCCAGACUGCCAAGGAACCGUACAAUUAUUUCUUACUUCUCCGCGCCUUAUUCAGGUCUAUUGGGGGAGGCAGCCAUGAUCUUCUCUAUCAGGAGUUUCUGCCUUUGUUGCCAAAUCUACUGCAAGGCCUGAACAUGUUACAGAGCGGCCUGCACAAGCAGCACAUGAAGGAUCUCUUUGUGGAGUUGUGUCUCACCGUGCCCGUCCGCCUGAGCUCUCUGCUGCCCUAUCUCCCCAUGUUGAUGGAUCCUUUAGUGUCUGCGCUCAAUGGCUCCCAGACUUUAGUAAGUCAAGGCCUGCGGACCCUGGAGCUGUGCGUGGACAAUCUGCAGCCCGACUUCCUCUACGAUCACAUCCAGCCCGUCCGUGCUGAGCUCAUGCAGGCUUUGUGGAGGACCCUGAGAAAUCCAGCAGACAGCAUUUCCCACGUGGCUUACAGAGUCCUUGGAAAAUUUGGUGGAAGCAACCGGAAAAUGCUGAAAGAAUCACAAAAGCUUCAGUAUGUUGUGACGGAAAUCCAAGGGCCAAGCAUCACGGUGGAGUUUGUGGACUGCAAGGCAUCGAUACAGCUGCCCAUGGAAAAGGCCAUCGAGACAGCGUUGGAUUGUUUGAAGAGCGCAAACACGGAGCCCUACUAUCGGAGACAGGCCUGGGAAGUGAUCAAAUGUUUCCUAGUGGCGAUGAUGAGCCUGGACGAUAAUAAGCACGCCUUGUACCAGCUGCUGGCACAUCCCAAUUUUACUGAAAAAUCCAUCCCCAGUGUCAUCAUCUCGCAUCGUUACAAAGCUCAGGACACUCCAGCCCGCAAGACCUUUGAGCAGGCUCUGACAGGAGCCUUCAUGUCUGCCGUCAUCAAGGACCUCAGGCCUAGCGCCCUUCCGUUCGUCGCCAGCCUGAUCCGCCAUUACACAAUGGUAGCCGUUGCCCAGCAGUGCGGCCCCUUCCUAUUACAAUGCUACCAGGUUGGCAGUCAGCCCAGCACGGCCAUGUUUCACAGCGAAGAGAACGGUUCGAAAGGCAUGGAUCCCCUUGUGCUGAUUGAUGCCAUAGCAAUCUGCAUGGCCUACGAAGAGAAGGAGUUGUGCAAGAUCGGAGAGGUCGCCUUGGCUGUGAUAUUUGACGUCGCCAGUAUUAUCCUUGGGUCAAAAGAAAGGGCAUGCCAGCUUCCCUUGUUCUCUUACAUUGUGGAACGUUUAUGUGCGUGCUGCUAUGAACAAGCCUGGUAUGCAAAGCUUGGCGGAGUGGUUUCCAUAAAAUUCCUCAUGGAACGCCUUCCUCUGAUUUGGGUGCUUCAGAACCAGCAGACCUUUCUGAAAGCCCUUCUCUUCGUCAUGAUGGACUUGACCGGAGAGGUUUCCAACGGAGCCGUCGCUAUGGCAAAGACCACCCUGGAGCAGCUUUUGAUCCGAUGUGCCACCCCACUGAAGGACGAGGAGAAAACGGAGGAGAUCGUGAGUGCGCAAGAGAAGUCCUUCCACCUGGUAACGCACGACCUUGUGCGCGAAGUGACGUCGCCUAACCCGACGGUGAGGAAGCAGGCCAUGCACUCUCUGCAAGUCCUGGCCCAAGUGACCGGCAAAGGUGUCACCAUGAUUAUGGAGCCCCAUAAAGAGGUAUUACAAGACAUGGUUCCUCCUAAGAAGCACCUGCUGCGUCACCAGCCAGCAAACGCUCAGAUCGGCCUCAUGGAGGGAAACACCUUCUGCACGACCCUGCAGCCCCGGCUGUUCACUAUGGACCUCAACGUUGUAGAACACAAAGUCUUUUACUCGGAGCUCCUAAACUUGUGUGAAGCGGAGGAUGCGACGCUCAUGAAGCUCCCCUGUUAUAAAAGCCUUUCUUCUCUUGUGCCGCUGAGAAUUGCUGCUUUAAAUGCUCUCGCUGCCUGCAACUAUCUGCCGCAGUCCAGGGAGAAGAUCAUUGCUGCGCUGUUCAAGGCCCUUAACUCCACAAACAAUGAGCUUCAAGAGGCUGGAGAGGCUUGUAUGAGGAAGUUUCUGGAGGGAGCCACCAUAGAAGUAGACCAGAUCCAUACACACAUGAGGCCCCUUCUCAUGAUGCUCGGAGACUACCGCAGCCUGACCCUCAAUGUGGUCAAUCGCCUGACGUCCGUGACCCGUCUCUUCCCCAAUUCCUUCAAUGACAAGUUCUGCGAUCAGAUGAUGCAACACUUGCGCAAAUGGAUGGAAGUCGUGGUCAUCACCCACAAAGGAGGGCAAAGAAGCGAGGGGAAUGAAAUGAAGAUUUGUUCCGCAAUUAUAAAUCUCUUUCACCUGAUUCCGGCUGCUCCUCAGACCUUGGUGAAGCCUUUACUGGAGGUGGUGAUGAAAACGGAGCGAGCCAUGCUCAUAGAGGCUGGAAGUCCCUUCAGAGAGCCUCUGAUCAAAUUUUUAACUCGUCAUCCAUCUCAGACUGUGGAGCUUUUCAUGAUGGAGGCAACGCUGAAUGAUCCUCAGUGGAGUCGAAUGUUCAUGAGCUUUUUAAAACACAAGGAUGCGAAACCUUUGCGAGACGUCCUGGCUGCUAACCCAAACCGCUUCAUUACACUCCUGCUGCCCGGGGUCACGCAAACCACUGUGCGGCCGGGCUCCCCCAGCACCAGUACCAGCACAAUGCGGCUUGAUCUGCAGUUUCAGGCCAUCAAGAUAAUCAGCAUCAUAGUGAAGAACGAUGAGAACUGGCUGGCCAAUCAGCAUUCCCUGGUAAGCCACUUGAGGCGCGUGUGGGUCAGCGAUGCCUUCCAGGAACGCCAUCGGAAGGACAAUAUGGUGGCGACGAACUGGAAAGAACCCAAGCUCCUUGCCUUCUGCCUCCUCAACUACUGCAAGCGCAAUUUCGGGGAUAUCGAAUUACUCUUCCAGCUUCUUCGCGCUUUUACCGGCCGCUUUCUGUGUAACAUGACUUUCCUGAAGGAGUACAUGGAAGAAGAGAUUCCAAAGACCUAUAGUAUUGCCCAGAAGAGAGCAUUGUUUUUUAGAUUUGUCGAAUUCAGCGAUUCCAACUUUGGAGAUGAACUUAAGUCUAAGGUCUUACAGCACAUUCUGAACCCAGCAUUUUUAUACAGCUUUGAUAAAAAUGAAGGGGAGCAGCUCCUGGGACCACCAAACCCUGAAGGAGACAAUCAAGAAAGCAUCACCAGUGUAUUUAUUACCAAGGUGUUAGACCCUGAAAAACAGACUGACAUGCUGGACUCGCUCAGGAUUUACCUUUUGCAAUUUGCAACACUCCUGGUAGAGCACGCUCCCCAUCACAUCCACGACAACAACAAAAACCGCAACAGCAAGCUGAGACGUCUCAUGACGUUUGCCUGGCCGUGCCUGCUGUCCAAAGCUUGUGUGGACCCCGCCUGCAAGUACAGCGGACAUCUGCUCCUGGCUCACAUCAUCUCAAAGUUUGCCAUACACAAGAAGAUUGUUUUACAGGUCUUCCACAGCCUCUUGAAAGCACAUGCAAUGGAAGCUCGAGCCAUUGUCCGUCAAGCAAUGGCUAUCCUCACACCAGCGGUUCCUGCACGGAUGGAAGAUGGCCACCAGAUGCUGACCCACUGGACUCGGAAAAUAAUUGUAGAGGAAGGACACACUGUCCCACAGCUCGUCCAUAUCCUGCAUUUAAUAGUACAGCAUUUCAAGGUUUACUAUCCCGUGCGGCAUAACCUGGUGCAGCACAUGGUUAGCGCGAUGCAGCGACUGGGCUUCACUCCAAGUGUUACUAUUGAACAGAGAAAAUUGGCUGUCGACCUGGCGGAGGUGGUCAUCAAGUGGGAAUUGCAGAGAAUAAAAGACCAGCCCGAUUCUGACAUGGAUGCAAAUGGCAGCAGUGAUGCUGGCAGCUCCGGUGCAGGAGGAGUGAAGAGGAGUAUGACGGUAGAUGCCAGCCAAGAGGUGAAGCGUUUCAGGACGGCCACAGGGGGCAUUAGCACGGUUUUCGGUCGUAGCCAGACGCUCCCAGGGGCCGACGCUAUUGUUACAAAGCCUAUUGAAAAGCAGCAUACUGAUACUGUGGUGAAUUUCCUGAUUCGGAUAGCUUGCCAGGUAAAUGACAACUCCAACACAGCUGGAUCUCCAGGAGAGCUGCUAUCUCGACGUUGUGUCAACCUUCUGAAGACGGCUCUUCGUGCUGACAUGUGGCCUAAAUCUGAGCUGAAGCUGCAGUGGUUCGAUAAGCUGCUAAUGACUGUGGAGCAGCCCGCACAAGCCAAUUUUGCCAACAUCUGUACUGGUCUGGAGGUUCUGAGUUUCCUCCUCACCGUGCUCCAGAACACGGCUGUUCUCAGCAGCUUUAAACCUCUCCAGCGGGGCAUCUCCGCCUGCAUGACCUGCGGAAACACCAAAGUCCUACGAGCCGUCCAUACUCUGCUUUCCCGACUGAUGAGCAUCUUCCCCACGGAGCCCAGCACCUCGAGUGUUGCCUCCAAGUACGAGGAGCUGGAGUGCCUAUACGCAGCUGUGGGCAAAGUCAUUUACGAAGGUCUUACGAAUUAUGAGAAAGCUACCAACGCGAACCCGUCUCAGCUCUUCGGCACGCUGAUGAUCCUAAAGUCGGCCUGCAGUAACAACCCCAGCUAUAUAGACCGGCUGAUAUCCGUCUUCAUGCGCUCCCUCCAGAAGAUGGUGCGGGAGCAUCUGAACCCACAAGCCGCCGCCGGAACCGCCGAAGCCAAUCCAGCGGGCACCAGCGAGCUGGUGAUGCUCAGCUUGGACCUAGUAAAGACGCGUCUGGCAGUCAUGAGCAUGGAAAUGAGGAAAAACUUUAUCCAGAACAUCCUGACUUCCCUCAUUGAAAAAUCCACCGACGCCAAGAUCCUGCGGGCAGUCGUCAAAAUAGUGGAGGAGUGGCUGAAAAAUAACACCCCCAUGGCGGCAAAUCAGACUCCCACACUGCGGGAAAAAUCCAUUUUGCUGGUGAAGAUGAUGACUUACAUAGAAAAGCGCUUUCCAGAGGACCUUGAGUUGAACGCACAGUUUCUGGAGCUCGUGAAUUAUGUUUACAGAGACGAGAACCUGUCUGGAAGCGAGCUGACCGCCAAGCUGGAACCCGCCUUCCUAUCUGGACUGCGCUGCUCGCAGCCCCACAUUCGGGCGAAGUUCUUUGAGGCCUUUGACACGUCCAUGAAGCGCCGUGUGUAUGAUCGGCUGCUGUACGUCACUUGUUCUCAGAACUGGGAAGCAAUGGGCAAUCAUUUCUGGAUUAAACAGUGCAUAGAGCUCCUGCUGGCCGUGUGCGAGAAGAACACUACAAUUGGCACAAGCUGCCAGGGCGCCAUGCUCCCAUCUAUCACUAAUGUCAUCAAUCUAGCAGACAGUCACGAUCGGGCAGCCUUCGCUAUGGUAACCCACGUCAAGCAGGAGCCGAGGGAGAGGGAGAACAGCGAAUCCAAGGAAGAGGAUGUGGAAAUUGACAUUGAGCUCGCCCCAGGGGACCAGAGCACCAACCCCAAGACUAAAGAGCAGUCGGAGAAGGACAUCGGCAAUCAGCUUCACAUGUUAACCAACAGACAUGACAAAUUUCUGGACUCUCUGCGUGAAGUAAAGACCGGAGCUCUCUUGAUUGCCUAUGUCCAGCUGUGUCACAUUUCGACCCCCUUGGCUGAGAAGAUUUGGAUACAACUUUUCCCAAGAUUGUGGAAAAUACUUUCUGACCGGCAACAACAUGCGCUGGCUGGGGAAAUCAGCCCGUUCCUGUGCAGCGGGAGCCACCAGGCGCAGAGAGAUUGUCAGCCGAGCGCCUUGAACUGCUUUGUGGAGGCCAUGUCUCAGUGCGUCCCUCCAAUCCCCAUCAGGCCUUGCGUGCUCAAGUACCUUGGAAAGACGCACAAUCUGUGGUUCCGCUCCACCCUCAUGCUGGAGCAUCAGGCCUUCGAAAAGGGUCUCAGUCUGACAAUCAAACCCAAGCAGACGACAGAAUUUUACGAACAGGAAAGCAUCACCCCGCCCCAGCAAGAGAUUUUGGAUUCCCUUGCCGAAUUGUAUUCCCUUCUCCAAGAAGAAGACAUGUGGGCCGGUUUGUGGCAGAAGCGGUGCAAGUUCCCAGAGUCGGCUACGGCCAUUGCGUACGAACAGCACGGCUUUUUUGAACAGGCUCAAGAAACAUAUGAAAAAGCAAUGGAAAAGGCCAAAAAAGAACAUGAAAGAAGCAACGCGUCUCCAGCUGUUUUUCCAGAAUAUCAGUUGUGGGAAGAUCAUUGGAUUCGAUGCUCUAAAGAACUGAAUCAGUGGGAGUCAUUGACGGACUACGGCCAAUCAAAGGGCCACAUCAAUCCAUACCUCGUCCUUGAGUGUUCCUGGCGAGUCUCUAAUUGGACGGCCAUGAAAGAAGCCCUGGUCCAGGUGGAGCUGAGUUGUCCAAAGGAGAUGGCAUGGAAGGUGAACAUGUAUCGCGGCUACUUGGCUAUUUGCCACCCAGAAGAGCAGCAGCUGAACUUCAUAGAAAGACUCGUGGAGUUGGCCAGCAGUCUGGCAAUCCGGGAAUGGAGGAGGCUUCCAUAUGUGGUGUCUCAUGUUCACACACCUUAUUACAGUCUCACUUGUGUCUUUCAGGCAGCACAGCAGAUCAUUGAACUUCAGGAGGCCGCUCAGAUUAACGCAGGCCUGCAGCCCACCAAUUUAGGAAGAAGCAACAGCCUCCACGAUAUGAAAACCGUAGUGAAAACCUGGAGGAACAGACUGCCCAUCGUGUCCGACGACCUGUCUCACUGGAGCAGUAUCUUCAUGUGGAGGCAGCACCAUUACCAAGCUAUAGUGAACGCCUAUGACAACAGCACUCAGCACGACCCAAGCUCCAACAGCAUGCUGGGGGUACACGCCUCAGCUUCUGCAAUCAUCCAGUAUGAGAUCGCCAGAAAGCAAGGACUGGUGAACGUGGCACUGGAUAUCCUGAGCCGCAUCCACACCAUCCCCACUGUGCCCAUCGUGGACUGCUUCCAGAAGAUCCGCCAGCAGGUCAAGUGCUACCUUCAGCUAGCUGGAGAUGGGAAGAAUGAAUGCAUGCAGGGUUUGGAGGUGAUUGAAUCCACCAACCUGAAAUACUUCACCAAGGAGAUGACAGCUGAGUUCUAUGCUCUCAAGGGAAUGUUCCUCGCUCAAAUUAACAAGUCAGAAGAUGCCAACAAAGCCUUCUCUGCUGCGGUGCAAAUGCAUGACGUUCUUGUCAAGGCCUGGGCCAUGUGGGGCGACUACUUGGAAACCAUCUUUGUCAAGGAGCGUCAGCUGCAUUUGGGCGUGUCAGCCAUUACCUGCUAUCUCCAUGCCUGCCGUCACCAGAAUGAAAGCAAGUCCAGGAAAUAUUUGGCAAAAGUCCUGUGGCUCCUGAGCUUUGAUGAUGAGAAGAACACUCUGGCGGAUGCGGUGGAUAAAUACUGUAUUGGGGUCCCCCCUAUCCAGUGGUUGGCUUGGAUCCCUCAGCUUCUUACCUGUUUAGUAGGCUCCGAAGGCAAACUCCUUCUGAAUCUCAUUAGCCAAGUUGGCAGAGUAUAUCCUCAAGCCGUGUAUUUUCCCAUCCGGACGCUGUAUUUAACCCUGAAGAUCGAGCAGAGGGAGCGUUACAAAAGCGACUCUGGGCAGCACCAGCCAAGCUCUGUGGGUACCCAGUCCCAUUCUGCCUCUGACCCGGGGCCAAUCCGUGCCACAGCACCCAUGUGGAGGUGCAGCCGAAUCAUGCACAUGCAGAGAGAGCUGCACCCCACCCUGCUGUCAUCCCUGGAAGGCAUCGUAGACCAGAUGGUUUGGUUCAGAGAGAACUGGCAUGAGGAGGUCCUCAGGCAGUUGCAGCAAGGACUGGCGAAAUGCUACUCCGUGGCCUUUGAGAAGAGCGGAGCCGUUUCUGAUGCUAAAAUCACCCCUCAUACUCUGAACUUUGUCAAGAAGCUGGUCAGCACCUUUGGUGUGGGGCUGGAGAAUGUCUCCAACGUCUCAACCAUGUUCUCCAGCGCAGCCUCCGAGUCACUGGCAAGAAGAGCCCAGGCCACGGCACAAGACCCGGUCUUCCAGAAGCUGAAGAGCCAGUUCACAACAGACUUUGACUUCAGCGUCCCGGGCUCCAUGAAGCUGCACAAUCUCAUCUCCAAGCUCAAGAAAUGGAUCAAGAUCCUGGAGGCCAAAACCAAGCAACUGCCCAAGUUCUUCCUCAUCGAGGAGAAAUGUCGCUUCCUCAGCAAUUUCUCCGCCCAGACGGCAGAAGUGGAGAUUCCCGGAGAGUUCCUCAUGCCGAAGCCAACGCAUUAUUACAUCAAGAUCGCCAGAUUUAUGCCCAGAGUAGAGAUUGUCCAGAAGCACAAUACGGCUGCCAGAAGACUCUACAUCCGAGGUCACAACGGGAAAAUUUACCCCUACCUGGUGAUGAAUGACGCCUGUCUGACCGAGUCCCGGAGGGAAGAGCGGGUCUUACAGCUCCUGCGUCUCCUCAAUCCAUGUCUAGAAAAGAGAAAGGAGACCACAAAGCGCCACCUUUUCUUCACUGUCCCCCGUGUCGUGGCCGUCUCACCGCAGAUGCGUCUGGUAGAAGACAAUCCCUCUUCUCUCUCCUUGGUGGAGAUCUACAAGCAGCGCUGUGCCAAGAAAGGCAUCGAGCAUGACAACCCUAUUUCGCGUUACUAUGACAGACUGACCACAGUUCAAGCGCGAGGGACGCAGGCCAGUCAUCAGGUCUUGCGUGACAUCCUGAAGGAAGUGCAGAGCAACAUGGUGCCACGCAGCAUGCUGAAGGAGUGGGCCCUGCACACCUUCCCCAACGCCACCGACUACUGGACCUUCCGGAAGAUGUUCACCAUCCAGCUGGCUUUGAUCGGCUUUGCGGAAUUUGUCUUUCAUUUGAACAGGCUUAAUCCAGAGAUGCUGCAGAUUGCCCAGGACACGGGCAAGCUGAAUGUUGCUUAUUUCCGGUUCGAUAUCAAUGAUGUCACUGGUGACUUGGACGCUAAUCGCCCGGUCCCAUUCCGGCUCACCCCAAAUAUUUCAGAGUUUCUGACAACCAUCGGAGUAUCCGGUCCACUGACGGCUUCCAUGAUCGCAGUUGCUCGUUGCUUUGCACAGCCAAAUUUCAAGGUUGACGGCAUCCUGAAAACCGUUCUGAGGGACGAAAUAAUUGCCUGGCACAAGAAGACACAAGAGGACACGUCUUCUCCGCUAUCGCCGGCCGGGCAGCCCGAGAACAUGGACAGCCAGCAGCUGGUUUCACUGGUCCAGAAAGCCGUCACCGCCAUCGUCACCCGACUGCACAAUCUGGCCCAAUUCGACGGAGGGGAGAGCAAAGUCAACACAUUAGUGGCCGCCGCCAACAGUCUGGAUAACCUGUGCCGUAUGGACCCUGCAUGGCAUCCCUGGCUCUAACCCGACUUGUGCUACCAAGAGAACCCUUAACCAAUAAAGGAUUUUUAAUGCUGUGAAAAAAAUGUUUUUUUAUUUUUAUUUUAUUUUUUGUUACUUUUUGUACAGCUUUUUCCCCGAACCGACCAUAA